ACAUGAGCAGGAUUCUAUUUUCUAUUAACAUAAGCAGAUAAGCAGAAACAGAUUGUUUGUACAUAAAAUGGGAUUUAUGAAAGUUCAACCAAGAAAAUUUCUAUUCACGGCGUAAAAUGAAGACUGCUUUGGCAUUGCUGUUUACUGUUACAAGCCUGCUGGUAGGAACUAAUGCUAGAGCAUGCUGCGAUGACGGCUGGAUAGCAUAUCAAAAUCAUUGUUACCACAUCGGUUAUUGGAAGCUUCUAACAUUUGCUGAGGCACAGGACUACUGUCAAAAUCUCAGUGCUUACCUUGUCCGACUGGAAACGUUAGCAGAAAAUCAUUUCCUAAAAGAUUUACUGAACAAGACUCAAGCUGGAAAUGCGUGGAUGGGGCUGACUGACCAGGAGCAUGAAGGUAUUUGGAUAUGGAUUGACACAGGCAUACAAGCGACAUUCUCUGACUGGGGACCAGUGGAGCCUAAUAAUUAUCAAGGUCAAAAUGAAGAGUGUGUGUAUUUUUAUGGCGCUGUAAAGUAUAAGUGGAAUGACGCUAUGUGUCUUCACAAAGCUGUACCUUUGUGUGAAAAGGAAUAACAUACGUUUCUCAGCAUUGUCAAUCACAUACAAUAUGGUACAGACAAAAAUUUGUGAGAAUUUUCUUUCAUGAAAGCCAAGAAAAUUAUUUGGUUGUAAACAUUACUGUUUAUAUUUGGACUAUUAUACAUGUACACGUUCAUAAAUAUGUCUUAUUGUUUUGGAAAGAUAAAUAAAUAAUUACUAAAGUAGGAAUAUAUCAACUAUAUUUGAUUAAAAAACAAGAUCUGUAUCAAG